AUGCCGCCACAGGUGCGCUGCCGCAAUCCCAACACUGGGGUCUUCGGAGUGACCCGCAACAGUUUAGAACCCAUCCCUCGAGACCUCGGGGGUCCUGCUAGGCGCGCGCAGGACCAACCGCCAACAGAGGGCCUGGCUGAGAGCAUGCUUCUUGGGGGUCACGAGGCUGAGGACCUGGACAAAUUCCCUUUUCAGCUGGUUGCAGAGACGGAGGACAAAAACCGCCAGUUACAGGAGCGCCUGGAGCUGGCUGAGCAGAAGCUGCAGCAGACCUUGAGGAAAGCAGAGACACUUCCUGAGGUGGAGGCAGAGCUGGCCCAAAGAGGGGCAGCGCUGUCCAAGGCUGAAGAGAGACAUGGCAACAUUGAAGAGAGGCUACGGCAGAUGGAGGCGCAGCUGGAGGAGAAGAACCAAGAGCUGCAGCGGGCAAGGCAGAGAGAAAAGAUGAAUGAAGAACAUAAUAAACGUUUAUCAGACACUGUUGACAAGCUGCUUUCAGAGUACAAGGAGACACUUGAGCUGCAUCUGAAGGAGAAAAUGGCUGCUCUGGAAGAUAAGAAUUCUCUAUUACGAGAAGUUGAAAAUGCAAAAAAACAAUUAGAAGAAAUGCAACAUGAUAAGGAGCAGCUUGUCCUGAAUAUUGAAGCCCUCAGAGCAGAGCUGGACCAGAUGAGACUGAGAGGGCCUUCACUCCACCUUGGCCGCCCCCACUUGGGCAGCGUCCCAGAUUUCAGGCUCCCCAUGGCAGAUGGGCACACGGAUGCCUACAGCACCAGCGCAGUGUUGCGACGCCCCCAGAAAGGCCGACUGGCAGCGCUGCGAGACGAGCCUUCCAAGGCAAGGCUUGAAGAAGUACGAAAUGACAAGACAACGAUAAAAUGUGAAACUUCUCCCUGCUCUCCGAAGUCCCUUCGGCUAGGCAGGCUGCACAUGGGGGCUUUGCACACAGUCAGCCACGAGGACGUCAGGGACAUGCGAAACUCAACAGGUGCCCAGGAUGGUCCUGUGAGCAAUCCCAGUAGCAGUGACCGCAGGCAGGACUCGCUCCACAGAGCCCCAAAGAAGAAGGGCAUCAAGUCCUCCAUUGGUCAUUCGUUUGGCAAAAAGGAAAAGGGUCGGCCUGGACAAACUGGCAAAGAAUCAGCAGGACAAGCUGGUGUUUCUGAGACAGAAAACUCAUCUCAGGAUGCCUGCAGACUUAGCAAAUUGGGAGGAAAGGCUGAAAAAAAUCGUAAACUACAAAAAAAGCAUGAGUUGCUGGAGGAAGCCCAGAGGCAAGGCUUACCAUUUGCACAGUGGGACGGGCCAACCCUGGCUGCAUGGCUGGAGCUCUGGGUUAGGAUGCCCGCUUGGUAUGUGGCUGCCUGCAGAGCAAAUGUGAAAAGUGGGGCUAUCAUGUCAGCCCUGUCAGACACAGACCUCCAGCGAAAGAUUGGCAUCAGCAACCCCCUGCACAGACUGAAGCUGAGGCUGGCCAUCCAGGAGAUCACAUCUCUCACCAGCCCAUCGGCCACACCCACAUCGAGAAAGACACUUGCAUAUGGGGACAUGAACCACGAGUGGAUUGGCUACAAGUGGCUGCCCAGCCUGGGCCUCGCUCAGUACCGAAGCUAUUUCAUGGAGUGCCUUGUGGAUGCUCGGAUGCUGGACCACCUGACAGAGAAAGACCUGUGGGGGCAGCUGAAAAUGGUGAACAGGUUUCACAGGAACAGCUUUCAGUGCGGACUUACGUGCCUGCGAAGGUUAAAUUAUGAUCAGAAAGAACUGGAAAGAAGAAGAAAAGAAAGUCAGGAUGAAGUUAAAGAUGUGCUUGUUUGGACCAAUGAUCGAGUGAUUCACUGGGUCAUAUCCAUUGGCCUUAAAGAAUAUGCAAACAACCUCAAAGAGAGUGGGGUUCAUGGUGCACUGCUGGCCUUAGAUGAAACCUUCACUUACAACAAACUGGCCCUGUUGUUACAGAUCCCCAGAGAGAAAAGAAAGGAUCGAAAUGUCUUGGAAAAAGAAUUUGCCAACCUUUUGCUCCUGGGGACUGACAGACAUUUUGAUGACGAGAAUAACAAAAACUGUAGGAGAGCAUCUUCAUGGAGAAAGGAGUUUAGAUCAAAGGACAUUCGCAGCGUGGCAGAUGGGUCAUCAGAGACACUCCCUGCAAACUUCCGAGUCUCUUCUUCCAUGUCUUCCCCCUCUUUGCAGUCAAAGAAGAUCCAGAUGGACGUUUACCCACACUACUUCUACAGAUGAUAUGCAGCAUUUUGAACCCAACAGAGACUACAUUUUUAAUUCAGUGGAAUCGCUAUCUGUUAAUACUUCUUACAUGGACUCCUAAGAUAUUUUAUUACAGAGUUUUUAGUUAGUAAAUAGUUCAUGAAUACUAUAGAGAAAAAAUGUUAGAAUUUAAUGUUUCUUAUAUUUAUAUAACCUUAGGACUUUUCAUUUAUAUAUUUACUCACUUUUUCAUGUAUAUCUAGGCUAUAAAUAUCUCUCAAAUCAAUUCAUGUUCUUAUACCUAAUUUUAGUCUUUCAAAUGAAUGUAUAAAUCCUGUGAACAAAUACGGGGCUUUUGUAAAUUGUGCUCUUAUGCUAUCACUGUUUAAUAUUUUAAUGAUAAGCCAUCACAGAAAUAAGGAUUUUACAACCUUUAUAAAAUUGUCAUGAUAUAAGCAAUGUGCAUUAUCCUUCGCCUUGUUCUACAUCAGUCAUUUGGAAAUCAGCAGACUUCAUUCCAAGCAGUUGUCAUAUUUAGAGGUUGACUGACCCUAACUGUCCUUUUUCUAGCAAGAAAUCAGCAUGUAAAAAGUCGGGACUGACCCGUUACACCAGAGCACUAUAGAACUUUCUUAGCACUGGUUCCCUUUUCCCCAUCCUGACUCUGGACUUGGGGAGCUUGUCUUCAGAGGCUUGAGCAGAAGCCAUGAGCUGGGAGUUGCUCUCAGCAGGGCUGGAGUGGCCAGGGGCCAACCCCAGCCUGGCACCUUCUCUGCCUCUUUCCUGUGAGCAUGUGGAAGGUGCCUCCAACUAUUUUUGCAGACCAAUCACUGAGCACUGUGCACACAUCUCACAGACAUUGGUGCAUGAGCAGAUGAAAGCAGGAAACCCUGAAAAUAAAGUUGUACAGCUCUAACGAAUAAAGGCCUUGUUUUUCAUAUGUGAGUCACCUUUUCACAUUGGUUUGUAAACAUGUUUCAACAAAGAAUGUAGUCAUAGCCAACUUGGAUUGUACAAGUAGCAAAUGUAAUAUACUUUUCACUGGCAUAUUCAAAAGCCAGCAAGGAAGGAGUCAGAUUACUGUGCGUGUUAUUCAUUAUGCAACUGAUACAUAGGUAGAGGCAGCAUGCCUUUUUAAUUUACUUUGUACUUUCAAUCCAUUGGUAAAGUUCAUUGUUACCUCUUUUUCUAUUAAACUUUUGUGAACUCUCUCAGGAUGUAACAAAGUGUACAGUCUACUUUUGAACUAUUUUUAUCACAGUAUUAUUUAUUGCUUUCUUUCAAUAAAGUUCUGAAACAUU